GAAGCGAAGGGCAGGCCGACGCGCAGAAAGACUGCCGUCGCUCCGAAGAACGGAUGCCGCGGUCCGAACCCUGCGCGCGGAUUAAGAGAGACGCAGAGGCCUUGGCGAAGGGAACGCGGGAACGCCGAGGCAUUUGGCUGGUCGUCGCCGCAAUGAGGAGCGAGGAAUACCCGGCUUACGGUUGCUGCUGCUGCUGCUGCAGCCGGGCUCCAUGAGAGAAAGCGUCUCUGCGGUGGUCACACAGCGAUGGAAGUUCCGGUGCUGUCUAAAGAAGGCCACAAAGUGCUGAGCAGCGAGUACUGCUAUGGGUACACGGACAAGUUUGGCAAGUGGAACAACGGGUUCCCGUGUCCUCCUCAGAGCAGUGGCGAGCCCGUGUACUGUUGCGGCACCGCGACCGAGCCCUACUGCUGCCGUAAGAAGGACGAUGACCCGCCGAUGCCCGUGCACGACCAGACUCUGCUGCUCGGCGUGGCCCUGGGCACGUUGCUGGUGGUCGUGCUCCUCGCGCUGGGGGCCUGUCUGGUCUGCCGCCGGAGACUCCUCCGCAAGAACAGGCACCAGGCCAUCAACGGAGCGGUGCCCGAUGUGCGUCCGCUCGCAGGGCCCCUGUACAGGAUGCAGUGCGGCAGCAGCAGCGCCAACACCUACUCGUUCUCGGGACACGAGAGCGGCGCCACCACGCCCGGGCUCCCCCAGGGCACCCCGGGAGACCACGGCGCUCUCCCGGGCCACUUCUCCGAACUCGAGCCCCCACCGCCACCGCCCAGGAACCUGUCCAGCUUCAACGGCCUGCUCACGCCUUGUCCAGCUGGUGGGCUCCACUACAACGGUCCAAUGCCUCACAUGGAGCCUCCCCCUCCUUACCAAGUUGAAAGCCCUCACUCCACGUUACUCCUUGGGACCAUACCAACAGGCACUUCUGAGUUCAAUCAGCCCAGUUUUGCCACACUGCACGUCUCUGAGCAGCGGUCUUCAGCUCCGGCACGUUCCCAGCAAGCACAAAGGCUGCCCCAGCAGCAACAAAUGGGGGUGCGGGACCCACUUUACUGGUGCACUAAGUUUUGAUCUAGACAGAGGACAGUGUGCGUGAAGAACUGCGGUGCAAGGCUCUUCUUGCUGGAAGGUGUGCUUUCACCGACAUCCAUCGCAUGUGUGCCAAAGGAUCCAGACAAUAUGUGCAAGUGACACAAAAGUUGCGUUCGUACUGCCACUGCUCAGGCACAAGGUCAUUCAUCAUUGUCUAUACUAAUGUGCGAUUGUAACAUUAUAUUUUAUAUAAAAGCUGUCUUCUGGCAUGAAGCCUCUACUACACAUAGUUUUUGGAGACUUGAUUUUCUUUAGAAAGGAACAGCAAGGUCAAAAAAGAAGUAAAGCCUUUUCAGUAUACAACAAGUAUAGAGUAUUACAUGAUUUACUUCAGUGCGGGAAUUUCAGAAGCUGUGCUAAUCUCUAAUCUUUGAAUUGAUUAAAGUAUACUUGGUUGCGGCAUUACAAGAGCAAUAAACGGUACUGCAUAUCAA